CGGAACUCCUUCUUAAAUUAUUUCCAUAAUGAUAGCCUGACAGUGCACAAAUAACUUGGAUAUUUGUGAAAGCUCCACACAGAGUAAAAAAAAAUUACCACUGAACGGAAUUAUCAAAAUAGCUAGUACCUUUUCUCACACAUUGUUAGCUAUUCUAAAGAGUGACAAGAAAUGCUUGCAAUAAAGUCAUCAAUUGAGAGCAAAAAAAAUAUCCUAAGCCGAUUUCCAGAAUUUAGAAGCGUGCCACUGACCAAUGUUUUGUUAAAGGACGCUCUGCACACCAGUGUAGAUGACGAAAUCAUUUACAGAUACUUACCCGGGAAAGUAAUAAUAAGAGUGUAAAUAUUAUUACCCCAGGAGAGAUGGCCUGGAUGUUCAACGCGUCAGCAUCAAAAAUGAAACAGCGUGGUGAUAUAUCACAAUAUGAUUUAAUUGUUGGUUGCCGCUGUAAUGGAUACCACUGGACAUUAUCGAUACUAAAACCUUCACUUGUUUAUUAGUGUUUUAUUUGUACAAUGUAUUCAUUUGUCUUCCAACAUACUUCUAACAGCUGGUACUUACAUCCAGGUUGUCAUUCCAUCUGCUGCAACAAUAAUUUAUUUCAAUCCAAUGGGAGAAUUGUCUAAAGAACUUGUGCAGGUAAAACAGCAAUGGAAGUAAGUAAACAAUGGAUUACAAAUUAACAAGUAUUUACAUAUUUAUCCUGAAAAACCGUGUUGUUAUUCUAUAUUCCAUACUUUUUAGUUCUUAUCUUUCUGCUAAUUAUGGAGUUGCCGAAACCUUUCGUGUUGAAUUUGUGCCACAUGCACGACAACAGGAUAGCGUCUCGUGUGGCAUAUUUUGUUUAACAUUUGCAGAAUGCUUGAUAGUAGAAAAACAAGAAGUACCUACAACAUGGACAAGAGAAAGCGUCCAAAGUUACAGAGAUGAAAUCGUAACAAAAUUGGUCGAAGAGGGAGGUCAAGAACAAUGGUGUAGUAGUAUCUGCAGAGUGUGUGGAAAGGCAGAAGGGCCAAAGGUCCAAGGCAAACCAACUGACUCUUGGGUUUGCUGUGAUACUUGCUCACCUGCAAGAUGGUAUCACCAGCAGUGCUUACAUCAGUCUCUCAGGAAAGCAUACAGAAAUAUGCAAUUCAAUUGUUCUAUGCUCGAAGUGGCACCUCUUGAAUUUAAUUGGACACUGGAAAGUAAUGGACAACAGGAAGUAGUUGUAAUAGAAGACAAGGAAAAUAAUAAUAAAAAAAGCACAGCAGCAGUAAAGGUAUGGUUCCAUGGAACAUAAUGAACCAAUAACAUUUCCAAGAUUGGCCAGGGUGCAUUUUGUAGUUCCCUCUGUGUGUACUGUUGUUGUGUAACUUUAUAAUCAUACCUUUCGAAGAACGUUACAGAAGUUGAGGAGGGAAAAUUCAUUAUUAAACCAACGAAUAAUUAUAUGCGAAAAUGUGCAGGGUGUGGUGACAACUUCGCAAACACUGACGUGUGCUUAAUGGCCACGAAGUUGCGCCUAAUCAGAGGGGAAAAGUCGCCCAAUGGAAAAGAAAGAAAACAAAUGUACAUUAUCACAUGGACAAAAAAUGCUUGGAGACGUGAUUUAACAUAGAAGAAGUAUCAAAUCCAUUGAAUGUUUUCAUUUCUAAAGACCAGAUGAAAGCUUUCAAGAAAAGAGGCAUAGAUUUAAAUAAAAGCAACCAUUUGUAAAAUACUUAACAUUUCAAUUGUAGAUAUAUAUUCAA